AUGCCCUGCGACACAAGCGACUGGCUGAAGUUUGGGCACGAGAUCGAAAACCUCAAGGAUAAACACAGGCAUCUCGACAUCUUCUACAACAACAUCGAGUUCAACCACGUGUCUGCUUUGUUGAGCGACAGCAAAGCCUUCGAGAACACCAUGGCGGCCAACUUCCAGUCCGUCCUGGACAGCAUCAAUCUCGCCAGUGCUGUGAUGAAGAGCCAGAACCAGAAGGGAGGCUGCAUCCUCCUGAGGAGCAGCACCAUGGGCUUGCUCGGCGACGUCGUGCCGUCGGCCUACAGCAUCUCCCAGGCCGCAGCCAUCGGCGUGAUCCGGGCCAAGGCGGCAGAGCUGGCGGUGUACGGCGUGCGGGUGGAUUCUAUCUCGCAGCACGCUAACGUUCACAAGCGCGUGCUCAAGUCAAUCUUCCCCCAUGCCGAGGAUGACCACCUUGAACAUAUGAUCAAGAAAUACAUGAUGACCAGGACGGCGGGCGACGACGACGUGGCCAACGCGGCGGUGUACCUUGCGUCGGAGUACGGUAAGAGCCUGACAGGGAACAACCUCAUCCUGAACGGCGAGUUCGCUCUUUAG